UGAUAAAUUCAGAGCUAAAUCUAAUACUGUGAUCUUCAGCUGGGAUACACGAUAUCUCAAUUAAAUGCAAUAAGAUUUACUAAACAUGCAUUGUCUGUUGCGUGCAACAAUUAUCACCUUUGUGAGCAGUGGGCUAUCGGUCAUCAGCGGAAUUCUUAUAUUCAUUGAAUACAGCCUAAACUCUCACCAUGAUCGACUAGCCACGAUGUUCGUGUUCAUGACGAUAGGUGAUUUUAUGUAUGCCGUUGGUUACAUUGUGGGGGAUAUGCGGUACUAUGACCUGUACGAGGAAAUUGACAAUGUGACCAGUACUAACUGCAGUAUAGUGUCAGAUGAUGCCAGCAAUGACCUGCUUUGCAAGGGUCAAAGCUUUGUUACGACGUACGGAAGUCUGGUGUCGUUUGCUUGGACCUGUAAUUUACUGAUCACGUUAUAUCUAUACUACAGAGGUCAUGACAGACCAUCACGGUUAAGGGAGGGGAUUUUGCACUUUGUCGGAUGGAUUUUACCAGGUAUAAUUGUCAUUAGCGCGGUAUCAGCCGGAGCUCUGGGUGAAGAUAGUGCGGAAUACAGCGGACCUUGGUGCUGGGUGCGGGACUUUCCAUCCAAAGGCGAAAGAAUUCUGUGGAUGCUUUUUGCGGGGAAAUUCUGGGAAAUUUUGACCUACAUCAUUACGUUCGUUAUGUUUGUACUCUGCAUGAAACUUACAAGUUGUGGCAGAAUUAAAGGCGCUCGCUUCCCAGAAGAUGUUACCAAUCAAAGACGUUUUGUGAGAAUGGAAGAUAAUGAAGAUGUAGAUGACCAGUCACAGAACAGAGAAGAUCAGAAACAUUAUGAAGAUCAGUCGUUAAUGAUGUGGAGAUUUUGCUUUGCGUGGAUAAUUUUGGUGGUCACUCGUUGCUUCGGCACAACCCGUUUCUUCUUGUAUGUGUUUGAUGUACAAGUUAGCGAUAAGGCAAAUGAAUGGCUGUUGAAUCUACAAAGUUUUGGAGAUGGCAGUUUGGCGUUUGUGAAUUUUGUAUUCUAUCUGAUCACUAACCCCGCUGUCGUACGAAAGUAUUGGAAGCAAAUCAGGGCCCGGAGCGGAAAUGAUGAAAUGUCAAAUAAUGAAAAUUUAAAUGUAAAUGAAUAAACAAACAUUAAAAAAGAAAUAAAGCAAUUAAACUUUUAGCUAGAGUAACAAAACCACAAAUAUAAACGGAUGCCCGCAUUAUAACCUUGAACGAAUUUAAAAUUAUGUAAAUAAAACCUAUGCUGAUAAAUGCAUGAAGCUUAAAUCUUUCUCUGGAUUACAAUGUGUAAAUAUUAGUAGACUAUUAGGUGGGAAAGUUUAUCGAGGAUAAUGCGUACGAUAUCGUAGAAUACAGUAAUAAAACUAUUGUAUCUAAAACCGACAGUAUAUGUCGAAAUAGUAAAUUUACUGGCCUAAAAAUCGUGGGUGGCCAAGAGAAAGUGAAAAUUAUCUAAAAAGACUUGCAUGUAUAAGAAUAUCUACGGAUUUCACCAUUUCUACAAGUUUUGAAAAUCAGUAGAAUGCUUUAUUGUUUCAAAAUAUACAUAACAAGACUUUUUAACAUGAGUCAUUUUUGCAAUUGGUCAUGGGAAUUAAAAGAAUCGUAGUUUUCAUUUUUUGCUAAGAAAAUCUAUAGGGGGUGCAUCAUUAUAAGAAUAACAUAAUUUUCACAGUAGUACAUGUAUGUACAUUAUGCAAUCACAAAAUGAGUCAUAAUUGCUAUUUUGUGAAACAGCUGAAUUUAUCAAGGUGAUAUAUUCCAAAAUGGUAUGAAGAACAAAACCUGGAAAUUAAAGUUUUCAUUUGAUUUAGCUUAUUGAUAGUACUGUUAUCAUUGAUAUAUGAUUUAGUUUUUGUUAGGUAUAUGCAAGGUGAAGAUAACGAACAGUGAUCAAUCUCAUAACUCCUACAAGCAAUACAAAAUAGAUAGUUGGGCAAACACGGACCCCAUGACACACCAGAGGUGGGAUCAGGUGCCUAGGAGGAGUAAUCAUCCCCUGUUGACCGGUCACACCCGCUGUGUGCCCUAUAUCCUGAUCAGGUAAACGGAGUUAUCCGCAGUCAAAAUCAGUAUGCCAAGAACGGCUUAACAAUCGGUAUGAAACACGUGAGACAGCAUUUGACCAAAUGAUAGGUUGUAUUGACGAACUAGAUCGUUAUAAUAUAUAUGUAUCAUUAUGACGUCACAAAAUGAGUCAUAAUUGCUAUUUUGUGAAACAGAUGAAUUUGUAAAGGUGAUAAUUUCCAAAAUGGUAUGAAGAACAAAAGCUGGAAUUUAAAUUUUGCAUAUAAUUUAGCUUUUUUGAUAGAACUGUUAUCAUUGAUAUCUGAUUUAGUUUUUGUCAGUUAUAUGUAUCAAUAGAUAGCAUUUUCUUUAAAAAUCUUAAGCUUUACACAUAUGCACAUGA